AUGUUUACAUUUUGGCUGGUUCGCCGGACUCCAAUAUCUGUAGGGAGGCCUGCUUCUUCUUCAGAAGCGGCCAAUGAGGAGGAGAGAGAGAAAAUUGAUGAGAGGAAUUUCGGGGAACAGCAGCAGGAGCAGGGUGAGAUGCUUCUGGUGGUCUUUCGCGAGGACGAGGAAGCAAGAAAGACCCGGGAAGUUGGAGAAACAAUAGCAUCAGCUGGGAACAAUCUCAUGAACCUGUUCCCUCCUCAACCCCGACAACAGCCGCCGGCGGAUCCCACCUUGCUUUAUCCCACCGCCAGCUUUGUGGAUUCUUGUCAAGAUGAGAAAAUCUUACAAAAGGGUGUGUUUUGA